AUCAAUCAAUCCCUGAUGACGCUGCGCACCUGCAUCGAGGUCCUCCGCGAGAAUCAGAUGUGCGGCACAAACAAGAUGGUUCCAUACAGAGAUUCUAAAAUUACUCAUCUGUUCAAGAAUUAUUUUGAUGAAGGCAAGGUUCGCAUGGUCGUGUGUGUGAACCCUAAAGCAGACGAUUAUGAAGAAACCUUGCUGGUGAUGCGCUUUGCGGAGAUGACCCAGGAGGUGGAGGUGGCACGGCCAGAGGACCGGCCCAUAUGCGGCUUCACCGCGGGCCGCCGGCACCGGAACCAGGCCUUCAAGGAGGAGCUGGCCCGCCAGCUGGAGCAGAGGGGAGGGCCCAUCAACGGAGAAUACCCCUCCGUCAUGCCGCAGCUCCUGCACAGCUUCCCCCCGCUGCCUCCCUGCGAGAUCGUCGACUGCACGGACGACCAGACCCUGCCCCGCCUCAUCCAGGUGCUGGAGAAGAGGUACAGCAUCCGCAAAGUGAUGGUCGAGGAGUACAACAAAGCCGCCAACAUGCUGAAGUCGAAGCUGAAGGAGUUUGACGGAAGCAUAGUCUCCAAGGAGACUUUCAUCCAGGAACAGAGAGGGAAACUGGGGCAGAAGGAUAGCAUCAUCUCCUCCCAGAAGGCCGAGGUGGAUCGUCUGGAGAAGAAGGUGAAAAUGCUGGAGUACAAGAUCGACAUCCUGCAGAAGACCACCAACAUCUACGAGGUGGACAAGCGCACCCUGCAGCAGGAGCUGGAGAGCCGGGACCUGAAGCUGCAGCGCGAGGCGUCCGACAAGCGGCGCAUGGAGGCGCGGCUGCAGGGCGUGGUCUCCGACACCAAGCACAAGUGGGAGAAAGAAUGCGAGCGGCGGGUGAACGCCAAGCAGCUGGAGAUGCAGAACAGGCUGUGGGUGAAGGACGAGAAGCUGAAGCAGCUGACCGCCAUCGUCACGGAGACCAAGAGCGACUGGCCCGAGAAGGAGACGCCUCAGCGCCCGUCCCGCCAGAGGGACCGGGGCCCCACCAAGAGAUCGGCCUCUCCCUCGCCCUCCCCCAUGCCCACCGGGCUGCCGGCUCGGCCUCCGCACCGGCGCUCGCGGUCCGCGGGGGCGGAGAAAUGGGUAGAUCACAAACCGGCCAACGGUCUGGACUUAGGCACGGUCAUGCAGCCGCACAUCCCCAACGCCAUCACGGUGGCGGUGCCCAACGAGAACGUGCUGUCCAAGUGCGACAAGUACGUGCUGACUCACCAGGAGGUCGCGUCCGACGGCGAGAUUCAGACCAAACUCUUUAAGGGGGAAGUGUUCAAGACGAGGAGCGGAGGCCAGGCCGUGGAGUUCACCGACAUCGAAACGCUGAGGCAGCAGUGCCCCACCUCCUCCAGUAGAAAGAGGAGAUCGUCAGAAAGCAGCUUGUCGCAGCCGGAGGGGAACAUGGAGACCAGAUGUUCUGUGGCCAUCCAGAUGAGGACCGGCUCGGGCGGGGCACCAGAGUACCAGCAGUCUGGAUAUCAGAAACGCAGAAAGCCGUCCGAUCAGUAGAUUUGCUACCAGGAAGGACGCAGACCUGCGUGAGCCUAUUUGGUGUACACUUUGCUCUUGUGCAAUAGCUUAACUGAUUUUAUGCCCCUACCCUCCUUCACAUUGAACUUCGAGCUUCAUGUUUUAUAUAUUAUAUUGUACUCAUUCACAGUAGCUUUUCUGUGGGCCACUAUUUGUUACAUUGAUAUGAAAAGCCUCGAGUUGUAUGCCAAUCUGUCUUGAUUCUACAAAAAGACAAGAAACUGUCAGUUGACUACUUGUAAUCUAGCUGCUGCCUGUAUAACUUUAAUAUACCAACCUGUAGUCCCAAUGCAAUUAAGCCGAUUUCCUCUUUUUUUUUUGUUGUCUAUACUUGGGCUUCGAAGACAAUCAAGGCAUUUGUUAGAAGGAUUUUAAGGACACUAAAGACCUUUCCCUGGAAAGAAUCUUCAGUAUUUAUGAUUAUUUAAUUGUCUAAAUGGAGCUUGAUUUUGUUUUUUUUGUUUUUUAAGCGAUAACAAACCAACAAAUGUGUAAAUAAACCACCAUAGAAAGGAGCUUGACCCUAGUCACUGGGCCCCUGCAAUGAUGUAUGUAUUCUUGGGUCAUCCUACCAAACCCGGUUCCUAGGUGUUAUUUGUACCUUAAUUUAUCUCAGGAAAUCAUUCCUUCCAAUGUUCUGUAAAUUUUUCUUCCCAGCUCACCCAACAGAUUCUGGUUUUCCUCAAAGGUUGUAAAGUGCAGCAGCUGACCAUUUUGUGCACUUUUUUAGCAGAUCUGUAUUGGCUUGUAUAUGAUGAUACUUAGAUCUUCACCUUCUGCUCUGCAUUGUUCCCACUGAACAUAUACAUCUGUGAAUAAAUAUCAUUCAAGAA